ACAUUUUUUAAAAUUGCAACUGUUGCGCGUGUGAUUUUUUUGGAGGGGGAGGGGGCAGACUCUAGGUGUCCAAGGGGUGGAAAGAGGAGCUGAAGUUGCCGCAUUGCAACAGGCAAAGAAGUGAGAAAUCAAAUAAUCGAUCUUGCUGCUGCUGCUCCUUCGCCUGGUAGCGCCGAGCAGACAAAGUUUCAAGUGGCAAGGGGCGAGGAGAAGGCAGAGGCACCGAGAGCGAGGGCGGAGCGGGCAGGGAGGCGGAGGAGCCCCGCAGGACGAGCCGAGGAGCCUGGACAUGUCCAGAAGGAAGCAAGCCAAGCCCCGCUCGGUGAAAGUCGAAGAGGGUGAAUCUUCAGAUUUUGCUUUGAACUGGGACUCAUCAGUGACUCAAUCAGGAGGCCUAGGAGGAGAGCUGGAGAAUGAGGUGAAGGACAGCCGGGCCUUGGAAGAGAGGAACAGCGUGACGAGUCAGGAAGAGAGAAAUGAGGAAGAUGAAGACAUGGAGGAUGAGUCAAUUUACACCUGCGAUAACUGUCAGCAGGACUUCGAUUCGCUGGCAGACCUGACUGAACAUAGGGCACACCACUGUCCUGGAGGUUGUCUGUUUCAAACAGCAGCAGAGCUAUAUAUGGAAAUUGCCAGCUUGGAAGCGGCUGAUUUUUCUAAACUACUGUACGAUGGUGAUGACGACCCACAACUCUCCUGGGUGGCUUCAUCUCCCUCCAGCAAAGAUGUUGCAUCACCCACUCAGAUGAUAGGAGAUGGGUGUGAUCUCGGCAUCGGGGAGGAGGAAGGGGGGACUGGCCUGCCAUAUCCGUGUCAGUUUUGUGAUAAGUCCUUCAUUCGCCUGAGCUACCUUAAAAGGCACGAGCAGAUCCACAGUGACAAACUACCUUUCAAAUGUACCUACUGUAGCCGGCUUUUUAAGCAUAAGAGAAGUAGGGAUCGCCACAUAAAGCUUCACACGGGGGAUAAAAAGUACCAUUGCCAUGAAUGUGAGGCAGCAUUCUCUCGCAGCGACCACCUCAAAAUUCACCUGAAAACCCACAGUUCGAGCAAGCCAUUCAAGUGUACUGUCUGUAAGCGUGGGUUUUCCUCCACCAGCUCAUUGCAGAGUCACAUGCAGGCUCAUAAAAAGAACAAGGAACAUAUGGCAAAGACUGAGAAAGAGGUGAAGAAGGAUGAUUUUAUGUGUGAUUACUGUGAAGAGACAUUCAGUCAGACAGAAGAUUUGGAGAAGCACGUAAUGACACGCCACCCACAGCUUUCCGAGAAGGCAGAUUUGCAGUGUAUUCAUUGUCCUGAAGUAUUUGCAGAUGAAAACUCACUGCUUUCCCACAUUCAUCAAGCCCAUGCCAACAAAAAACACAAGUGCCCUAUGUGCCCUGAGCAGUUUUCUUCAGUGGAGGAAGUCUAUUGCCACUUGGAUAGCCACAGACAACCUGAUUCCAGCAACCAUAGUGUCAGCCCUGACCCAGUCUUGGGGAGUGUGGCAUCAAUGAGCAGCGCAACACCUGAUUCAAGUGCAUCAGUGGAACGAGGCUCCACUCCGGACUCUACUUUAAAACCGUUGAGAGGACAAAAGAAGAUCAGAUCAGCGGAAAGAGAGGAAGGCCAGAAUUGGUCUAAAGUCACCUACAGCUGCCCUUACUGCUCCAAGCGUGACUUCAACAGCCUUGCUGUCCUGGAGAUCCAUUUGAAGACCAUUCAUGCAGACAAACCUCAACAAAGCCACAUGUGCCAGAUCUGCCUUGAUUCCAUACCUACGCUGUACAACUUGAACGAACAUGUCAGAAAGGUGCACAAAAACCACGCAUAUCCCAUGAUGCAGUUUAACAACAUUUCUGCCUUCCACUGUAACUAUUGCCCUGAGAUGUUUGCAGAUAUCAAUAGCCUACAGGAGCACAUCCGCAUCACUCACUGUGGACCAAGUGCUACCCCUCAAGAUGGUAACAAUGCCUUCUUCUGUAACCAGUGCUCCAUGGGCUUUCUGACAGAAGCAUCCUUGACUGAGCAUAUUCAGCAAACUCACUGCAAUGUAGGAAAUUCAAAAUUGGAUUCCCCUGUCGUUCAGCCAACACAGUCUUUUAUGGAAGUUUAUUCUUGCCCUUAUUGCACAAACUCCCCCAUUUUUGGCUCCAUCCUGAAGCUUACAAAGCACAUUAAAGAAAACCACAAGAACAUUCCUCUAGCACACAAUAAGAAGUCAAAAGCAGAGCAGAGUCCAGUUUCUUCUGAUGUUGAAGUCUCUUCCCCUAAAAGGCAGCGGCUUUCUGCUAGCUUAAACUCAGUUUCUAAUGGUGAAUACCCAUGUAAUCAGUGUGAUCUAAAGUUCUCUAAUUUUGAAAGUUUUCAAACCCAUUUAAAGUUGCAUUUGGAGUUGCUUUUAAGGAAACAGUCUUGCCCUCAGUGUAAAGAAGACUUUGAUUCUCAGGAAUCUCUCCUGCAACACCUCACAGUACACUACAUGACAACGUCUACCCAUUAUGUAUGUGAGAGCUGCGACAAACAGUUUUCUUCAGUGGAUGACUUGCAGAAGCAUUUGCUGGACAUGCAUACUUUUGUGUUGUAUCACUGCACCCUUUGCCAAGAGGUUUUUGAUUCCAAGGUAUCUAUCCAAGUGCAUCUGGCAGUCAAGCAUAGCAAUGAAAAGAAGAUGUAUCGUUGUACAGCCUGUAAUUGGGAUUUUAGAAAGGAAGUGGACCUUCAGAUCCAUGUAAAGCAUAGCCAUUUGGGCAAUCCAACAAAAUCACAUAAAUGCAUCUUCUGCGGCGAGACCUUCAGCACUGAAGUAGAACUGCAGUGCCACAUCACAACUCACAGUAAAAAAUACAACUGUAAGUUCUGCAGCAAAGCUUUCCAUGCUAUCAUCUUGCUUGAAAAACAUUUGCGGGAGAAACAUUGUGUCUUUGAUGCUGGGGCUGAGAAUGGUACAGCUAAUGGUAUGACCCCAACGAAUAAGAAGACAGAAGCUGCAGAUCUCCAGAACAUGUUGAUGAAGAAUCCUGAUACUUCAAACAGUCAUGAGGCUAGUGAGGAUGAUGUAGAUGCUUCUGAGCCAAUGUAUGGUUGUGAUAUUUGUGGGGCUGCCUAUACCAUGGAAGUCCUUUUGCAAAACCAUCGUUUGAGAGAUCAUAACAUCAGACCUGGGGAGGAUGAUUGUUCUAGGAAGAAAGCAGAAUUCAUCAAAGGUAGCCACAAGUGUAACAUCUGCUCAAGGACCUUUUUCUCGGAAAAUGGCCUCAGAGAGCAUAUGCAGACUCAUCGAGGUCCAGCUAAGCACUACAUGUGUCCCAUUUGUGGAGAGCGCUUCCCAUCCCUUCUGACCCUGACAGAGCACAAAGUCACUCAUAGCAAGAGUUUGGAUACGGGAACGUGCAGGAUCUGCAAAAUGCCGCUGCAGAGUGAAGAGGAAUUUAUUGAGCACUGCCAGAUGCAUCCGGAUCUCAGAAAUUCCCUCACCGGGUUUCGCUGUGUUGUCUGUAUGCAGACAGUCACCUCUACCCUUGAGCUGAAAAUUCAUGGAACCUUCCAUAUGCAGAAAUUGGCAGGAAACUCUGCAGCCUCUUCUCCUAAUGGUCAGGCUUUGCAGAAACUCUACAAGUGUGCUUUGUGCUUGAAAGAGUUCCGGAACAAGCAGGACUUGGUGAAACUGGAUGUUAAUGGCCUGCCAUAUGGCCUGUGUGCUGGAUGCAUGACCAGGGGCACCAAUGGACAGUCUUCAGGCUUGACCCCCCAGGAAGUGAAUGAGAGACCGUGUGGCAGUCUGAGAUGCCCAGAGUGUAGUGUCAAAUUUGAAAGUGCUGAAGACCUAGAGAACCACAUUCAGUUAGAUCAUCGAGACCUGACACCUGAGACUAGUGGCCAAAGGAAGGGUACCCAGACAUCCCCUGUUCCCAGAAAAAAGACCUAUCAGUGCAUCAAGUGCCAGAUGACCUUUGAGAAUGAAAGAGAGAUACAAAUCCAUGUUGCAAACCAUAUGAUUGGUGCAGCCCAAACCCCAUAUGGUGAGACGUUACCAUCUUUUCCAGCUCCUGCACUGGUGGAGAGGAGGACUAUGAAAAAUGUCACUGCAG